CUUGGACAGCUUUGAAGCUGCAACAACUCGCAAAUUCCAAGGACGACGAAUGCAUUCAAAGUUUCCAAACGUUGUAUAGCAGCUCGCAGGAAGGACGAGCUUGGGUGGUUGAGGGUCGUCAACAACCCCUUUUCCUGCUGAAGCGGUAGGUGUUCAAGGUUGACCUUCUUGGUUUUGAGCACCAAAGUAAAGAUGGCGUCCUCAGUUGCUGUACAUGCAGGAACCUGUGCAGUCGCCCCGGCUGCAGGUCUUGCCGCUCGCUCUAAGAGCCUCCAGAGCCCCACCCCAUUCUUGGGUGGCGGCCUCCUCCUUCGCAAGUCCCCUGCGCUCAAGUCAGUCUGCGGGAGGUGCUCCGUCAGGGCGAGCGCAUCCAGCGAUGGCGUCAAGAGCCAGGAGAAGCGCAACUUUCUGAAGGGUCUGUUGGGGGCUGCUGGGGCUGCUGGCGCGCUGGCUGCGGCCAAGCCUGCGCGGGCUGCUGAGGAGCAGGGAGUGGCGUCAUCUCGCAUGAGCUACUCUCGCUUCCUGGAGUACCUCGACAUGGACCGGGUUAAGAAGGUGGACUUGUACGAGGGGGGAUCGAUUGCGAUUGUCGAAGCCGUCAGCCCUGAGUUGGGUAAUCGGGUGCAGCGGGUGCGUGUGCAGCUGCCAGGGCUUAGCCAAGAGCUGCUGAAGAAGUUCCGGGAGAAGAGCAUUGACUUUGCCAGCCACAACGCCUCAGAGGACACCGGUUCCGUCUUCUUCAACAUCCUGGGUAACCUUGCCUUCCCCCUGCUCCUGGUCGGCGGCCUGUUUCUGCUCAGCAGGCGGUCUGGGGGGGGCGGUCUCGGUGGCCCUGGGGGCCCUGGCAACCCUAUGGCCUUCGGCAAAAGCAAGGCUAAGUUCCAGAUGGAGCCUAACACUGGUGUUACCUUCGAUGACGUGGCGGGGGUUGAUGAGGCAAAGCAGGACUUCCAGGAGGUUGUGGAGUUCCUGAAGAGGCCGGAGCGGUUUACCGCUGUGGGUGCCAAGAUUCCCAAGGGUGUGCUUCUUGUUGGACCCCCUGGAACGGGAAAGACACUCCUGGCCAAGGCAAUUGCAGGGGAGGCUGGAGUGCCGUUCUUCUCCAUCUCGGGAUCCGAGUUCGUGGAGAUGUUUGUUGGUGUUGGAGCUUCUCGUGUUCGUGACCUCUUCAAGAAGGCCAAGGAGAACGCGCCAUGCAUUGUAUUCGUGGACGAGAUUGAUGCCGUUGGACGGUCCAGGGGUACCGGCAUUGGCGGUGGCAAUGAUGAGAGGGAACAGACCCUUAACCAGCUGCUAACAGAGAUGGACGGUUUCGAGGGCAACUCUGGUGUCAUUGUGAUUGCUGCCACCAACAGAGCUGACAUCCUGGAUGCUGCCCUGCUUCGGCCUGGGCGUUUCGAUAGGCAAGUGUCAGUGGACGUUCCUGACAUCAGGGGCCGCACCGACAUCCUUAAGGUGCACGCCUCUAACAAGAAGCUGGCCGAUGACAUCAGCCUUGAGGUCAUUGCUGCCCGGACGCCCGGCUUCAGUGGAGCAGAUUUGGCCAACCUCCUGAACGAGGCUGCCAUCCUCACUGGCAGGAGAGGGAAGACUGCCAUCUCUGCGCAGGAGGUGGACGAUGCUGUGGACAGAAUUGUGGCCGGUAUGGAGGGCACUCGGAUGACUGACGGAAAGAGCAAGAGUCUGGUGGCAUACCACGAAGUGGGCCACGCUAUCUGCGGAACACUGACGGCUGGCCACGACCCCGUCCAGAAGGUGACUCUCAUCCCCCGUGGGCAGGCGCGCGGCCUGACCUGGUUCGUGCCUGGCGAGGACGCCAGUCUCAUCUCCAAGUCUCAGAUCUUCGCUCGGAUUGUGGGGGCUCUCGGCGGCAGGGCUGCGGAGGAGAUUAUUUUCGGCGAGCCUGAGGUCACCACUGGAGCUGCCAGCGACCUGCAGCAGGUCACUGGGAUGGCCAAGCAGAUGGUGGUCGCUUUCGGCAUGUCGGACAUCGGCCCCUGGAACCUGCAGGACCCCAACGCCCAGGGCGGUGACAUGAUCAUGCGCAUGAUGGCCCGCAACAACAUGAGCGAGAAGCUGGCCGAGGACAUCGACCGCGCCGUCAAGGAGCUCUCUGACAAGGCCUACGAGGUGGCCAAGCAGCAGAUCAAGGAGAACAGGAAAGCCAUGGACAAGAUCGUGGAGAUCUUGAUCGAGAAGGAGACCAUCUCGGGAGAUGAGUUCCGUGCCAUUCUCUCAGAAUACACGCAAAUUCCGGAGGAGAACUUGGCUGCCGUGCGGAGGUCGCAGGAACUACAACUCGCUUAGAGCUUCGAGCUUAGGUACUUGUGGGUGUACAAAAGUAGGCCAACAUGACUUCAUAAUGCAUAUUUUGCAGAUUUAACGAGUUGCGAUUUGUGCUACACAAGGAAAGCGGAUUUCCAACACUUCUUAUAAAGAUGCCUUCACAUUUUCGCCUCAACGGUUUUGAUGGCAAGGUAACAAGCACACAAACUCGAGGCAACAAGCACAAAGUUGAUGCUCGUGUUGAGUAUUUUGCGUUUAUAAGUUUCUUGAUGGUGAUUGGGUUUAUCCGAUAGAUACAAGCAUUGGAAUACAUGGUGUUGCGGCGAUAUGCUCAAUUAGCGCCAUGAUUUUUAGGUUUGUGG